CUGUCGGUGGAGGGGGAACCGACGGUCGUGCGGACGGUUUGUCGUCCCCCGUCCCCCCCGAGGCUCAGGCACUGUAUUGGCCCCAAUCGUCCUCAUGAAACCAAUUUCCCACCGUGUCUGCGGAGCUUCCCGAUGGCUUUCUAAUGAUAUAAUUGUCCUGGCAUUUGGUAGAUGUUAAAGAUCCCAGGGUAUUGAAGAGAAAAUGGAAUUUCUCCCCAUUCAUAGCAUUGAUCCCAGAUAAACUUGGCCAUUCGCUUCGUGGAUAUUUGUGGCAUAUUGCUAGAUCAUGGAUAAGGUUCGAAUUGCUGUGAUCGGAGCUGGAGUUGUGGGUUUAUCUACUGCUGUUUGUAUUGUAGAGUCCAUUCCAAAUUGCUCUGUCACUGUGAUUGCAGAAAAGUUUACCCCAAACACCACCAGUGAUAUAGCUGCAGGAAUUCUCAGCCCACACUUCUCUCCAGAGACACCGAUCCAUUGUCAGAAGCGUUGGUUUGGAGACACUUUCGCUCAUGUGUUAUCAAUUGGUCAGUCAGCAGAUGCUCCAAUUAUUGGUGUUGAAUUCUUGUCUGGGUGGGAGAUAUUUAAGGAGCCUCCAAAGGAACGGUUUCCCUUCUGGUCUGAUAUGGUGCUGGGAUUCCGUACUAUGACUGAUGUUGAACUGAGGAGAUUUACAGGAGCCAAGUUUGGCUGGAUGUACACCACUUUGAUUUGUGAAUGUAUCUCCUAUUUGCCCUGGUUGGAGAAAAGGUUAAAGGAUGCUGGAGGCCAAUUGCAGGCUGCAAAAAUCCAGGAUUUCUGGGAACUGGAUGGCCAGUAUGACAUCAUUGUGAACUGUUGUGGCAUUGGAGCAAAAGCACUUACUGGUGAUCCAAAAAUACAUCCUGUAAGAGGUCAGGUUCACAAGGUCCAUGCACCCUGGCUGAAACACUUCAUCCGUACAGAUGAUGGCCGGAGUUACAUCUAUCCAGGGAUCUCCUCUGUUGUUGUGGGUGGAACAAGGCAAAACGAUGAUUGGCGAAUGUCAGUAGAUCCAUUUGAUAGCAAGGAUAUAUUUGAAAGAUGUUGUGCUUUGGAACCGACUCUUAAGCAUUCUUCCAAGCUGUUUGAAGCGGUAGGUCUGAGGCCAGCCAGAGCAGUUUUGCGUUUGGAGAAGGAGAAGCUAGAACGCCGCGGGCGACAAAUGUGUUUGGUGCACAAUUAUGGCCAUGGUGGGGCCGGGGUUUCAUUCCACUGGGGAACAGCGAAGGAAGCUGCUGAGUUGGUGAAAGAUUUUGUGAUAGAAAUGAGACCGACUGGCAAAUACAGCAAAUCCAAACUGUAAAGUAGAAUGAUAAUUGAGCUGUCCCGCCCGGGCUGUUUGUCAUAUAGACAACAGCUCAUUGUUAUAUCAGGGUUAUCCCAUCAAUACUGGGGGUUGGAGGGGCAACAUCUCCAUCUUGACAAUUUGUUUGGAGAAACCAAAAUGUUGAACGUUGUUCAAGAAUACUGUAGUGCUUAAUGCUUACAACAGGAUGUGUACAACAGGCUUGUUACAACUCGCCUAGGUUUUAUUUUUAUACAUUUUUAAAAAGAUAGCAAACAUGAUGAAGAAUUGAGAUUUUCACUCACUCUAUUUGCCUUUGACCAGGUUAGAAUUCUCUACAUAAGUGUUAGCAUGUGAACCAUCAGCUUAUCUAGAGAAUAGCUGAUUAUUCAGCACGUUAGACAUUAACGUUAGCACUGAUGGUAAGUAAGAUAAAUGGGUGCUUCGAUUCUAAUUCAUUAGAGAAUUCUCUUGGUCUGCUCUGCAACUAGCAUUGAUAAUAUUUAUAUGGAGGAAACUGAUAUUCUAUUGUCAAUGUUUAUUGCAAAGCAAAAUACAUUUUUAGAAAAUCAGACUACAGAAAUUGUAUUUUUCUAUGAACAAAUUUAUGCCUUAAACUAAUAGUAAGAAAAUAAUGUAAAGAUACUUUACAAUUUAAAUACUUAAUUUAUUAAAUUGGAAGUUAGUCAAGUUAAUUUGUGGGUGAUCUAGUCAAUAAAUUGGAAUGGUAUUGGAUCUCAGAUCUCAAAUAUAAUUAAUCUCACAGUUUGAAGUUUUUGCAAAUGUAUACUAAGAAUUGUAUGGUACAAGUUUAGAAGCUGAAUUAAUAGUAAUCCUUGCAUUUGAAGUAUUUCUCAUAGGGAGAAUGUCUGAAAGAGCUUUACAGGAUUUUCUGUAAAGUGUAGUGACUGUUUUUCAUUUCUAGUGAAUGGGAUGUCUUGGGUUGACCUCCUGACUCGAAAGUUGCUAUAUAAAUGCAACUUGUUGUUGUUUGUUGUUGAAUCAUUUUUGCCUUAAUACAGAUAUCUUUCAAUCGCUUUUUAUCGGUUGUGGAAUUGUAUCAUUCUAAUGUAAAAUCAUAAUAAAUACAUUUAUUUAAAUUCAAGAAGUAAUAAAACAAAAGUACUUUAAUAAAUUACAUAAACCUCCGCUUGUAUGUAUCUUGUUUUCCUCAAUGUUUACCUAGAUUGAUGUUUUCUGGUGUGUUCGGUAUGAACAAUUUGUUUCAAUAAAUUGGAAGAAAUCCAUGGAAGAUA